CGUUUUCCCAUCAUGCACUUCGUGUAACAUCAUGGCUGACCACUUUAACAACCUCGAUGUGAUCUGAGUUAAUUAACCCGCUUUCACGCUUCUAGACGAAUCAGCACCUUUUUUAGUUUAAAGGUUUGUUCUUUACAAAAUGCCGAAAUAUUACGAGGGUAAAGUCGAGGAUAAGAGACCCUGUGCCGGGAUCAGAGAAGAUUUUCAAGCCUGUCUCCUGACGCACGACUGUGUUGUGAAGGAGGGGAAGCUGCCCAGUGAAUGUUUAAAGGAUGGUCAUUGCAGAGCUCUGCAAGAGUCAUUCUUUGACUGCAAGAGGUCACUGCUGGACAACAGGACAAGAUUCCGAGGACGGAAAGGAUACUGAGGCACAAACUGAAUAUUGAUGCUGUCAUGUACUCGAGUAAACGUAGAGCUGUUCCAUGAGCACAGCUCUGGGGUCAGUGUGUGCAGUCCGGGGGCCAGUUUCUCUGAUGAUGUGCCCGGGAAUCAGAUGACUAAGAGACUUGCAAAUUAUCUGGAUAAAUACCACACACUGACUGUUAUUACUGAUGUCUGCGAUUUUUGAUAAAAUGUGUAUUAAUAUGUGUUUUGUAAUGGAAAAUAAAGAGUUGUAAUCAACUAAAUGACAAAUA